AAAAUAGAGAUAGAUAGAGAGAAGAAAAUUAUUCUAUGGCCAUAUUAUUGUAUGGUAGUAGUAGUUUUUGCUCCUAAACAUUCAAACACAAAGAAAAAACCUCUGUGUAACAACAAAAGAAGAAGAAGUAGAAGAAGCUGAAGAUAAUAGUCUCUGUGGAUGGAAUCAUGCAGUUGUAACCAUUGUUUUUGUCUGGUUUUUAACUUUUUGUUUUCUUGGAAAUAAAAACCUUAUAAGUACUGUGUAAUCUUGGGAUUUAGCUGUUUUCAGCAAAUCUUUUGGUUUCUUCUGAAAGCUGAGCUGUUAUCUUCCUCUUUUUUUUUUUCUUUUGUUUUAGUUCCUUCUCACUUUAAACUGCAGCUUCCUUCUUCUUCAACUCUUCACUCCAAAUCUCCAGCUCCGGAAAAAUGAUGUCUGAUGACGGCCUUUCUUCUUUAGCUUUCAUUCAAGAUCCAAACUCGAACUUGAACUCUAACCCUAGUGGUAACAAUCCAAACCCUAAUUCAAAUCCAUCCGCGAAAAGAAAAAGAAAUCUCCCAGGAAAACCAGAUCCAGAUGCAGAAGUCGUAGCACUAUCACCCAAGUCCUUGAUGGCUACGAAUCGAUUCAUAUGUGAAAUCUGCAACAAGGGUUUCCAGAGGGACCAGAAUUUGCAGCUCCACAGAAGAGGUCACAACUUGCCAUGGAAGCUAAAGCAAAGGAACAAAAAUGAAGUCAUCAAGAAGAAAGUCUACAUUUGCCCCGAAAAGACCUGUAUCCACCACGAUCCAUCGAGAGCUUUAGGUGAUUUAACGGGGAUUAAAAAACAUUUUUCAAGAAAACAUGGCGAGAAGAAGUGGAAGUGUGAGAAGUGUUCCAAGAAAUAUGCUGUUCAAUCUGAUUGGAAAGCUCAUACUAAGAUUUGUGGCACGAGAGAAUAUAAAUGCGACUGUGGAACUCUCUUCUCCAGAAAGGACAGCUUUAUAACACAUCGAGCAUUUUGUGACGCGUUAGCAGAAGAAAGUGCAAGAUUUACAUCAGUUCCAAGUACAGCAAAUCUGAAUUUCAGAAAUGAAAUAUUGCUGAAUAGUGGAUUUGGUAAUAAUCUUCAGCAUAGUGGAAAUCCCCAAUUUGGUUCUAAUUUAUUUAGGCCUGAAUUUAUGGGACUUGGAUUGGACCCUGUGAUUAGUCACCAGCAGCAGCAGCUCAAUAAUGUUGAUGGACAUAAACCAAGGUUACCACUUUGGUUGGACAAUAAUAUGAAUCCGAGUCCAGGUAAUGAUUUCUUAGUAGCAUCAUCAAGUUCUACUACUAGCAACUUGCCACAUCAUGAAUUGGUUCAAAUCGCGGGGCAUAACAAUAAUCAACAAUGGUUCAUGAAUGCUGGUGGUGGUGAUGAUUCUGGGAUUGGCUCAUCCUCGUCUCAGCUUCCUUCACGUGUAUUGUUAAAAGAGGAAGAAGAGAACAAAAGAAAUUUGUCUGAGACAAUAAGUUCAAUGUACUACAACAGUCAUCACAACGAAACAACAGCACCAUCAGCAACUCAUAUGUCAGCUACUGCACUUUUACAAAAAGCUGCCCAAAUGGGAUCAACAAGGAGCAAUUCAGCCCUCUUUGGCACUGGAUUCGGGCUGAUGGGCUCGUCUUUUUCUAAAAGCAAUGGACAAGGACAAUUUGCUGCACAGGAUCAGAACUUUAACGGCUUAAUGAUGAACUCUCCAUCAACAGUUUCAUCUCUGACUACGAAUAUCAGUAAUCAAGGAAAUAGGCUGCUGUUCGGGGAUAUGAGUUCGAGUUCAUUAGAAGGUGGUAAUGCAAGUGCAAAGAACUCUGAUCCUUUUAAUUUGAUGUCGCGUAAUAAAGGAAAGCAAGUGAAUCUCAGCGGAAAUGAACCAAUUGAAGGCGGCUUAACAAGAGAUUUUCUCGGGGUAGGAGGGAAUGAAAGUAGACCAUUUUUGUCAAAAAAUGAGCUAGCCAAGUUCGGGAACAUAUCCGGUUCAGCCAUGGGACUAAGUGACUAUAGUGGAAGUCAUUGAGUGUCAUGAGUUCAACUGAAUCCAUUAUUUUCGACUCUGAUCCAAAUAUGCACACAUAUGCAAGAGUUAUGUAUGUGUAUAAUAAAAUCACACUCAUUCUGAAUCCAAAGUGAAUUACUCAAAAGGUCCAAACUUGUGGGGAGCUAUUAUGUCAAGUGUUUUCACUAUAGUGGAAUGAUACAAUGUUCAGAGUGUGAAAAAAGUUGGAAGAAGCUAGGCAAAAAGCUUCAAUCUUCAUGAGAGAGAGAGAGAGAGAAAGCAGCAGCAAUUUUGAGAGAUCUUGUGAAUUGUCAGAGAAAAAAGGGUAGGGACCACUGAAUGAUGGAAGAGAUUUGUUAAAAGGGUCUUGACAAUCACAAGUCAGGCUUUUUUUUUCCUCCAUUGUGCUACUUACUGCUUGUAGAAAUAUUUCUGCCUUUUUGUAAGUUUUUUUUCCUUUGAGUGUUCAAUUGCUUACUGCAUACCUGUGAACUCUCCAGGCUCACUGCCAUAUUAAGAAUCUUUUAAGACUUUUGAAUA